UAAGGGGAACUCAUGACCUUAUAUACAGAAAUGAAACAAGCUGCCAGCGAGCGUGUUAAUGUUUCUUUACUCUUAAUCCUGUGCUGUGACGCUGUGAGCCAUGCUUUCCAGUUCACACACCAUUUCCUCAUUUGCAGUCAGUUUAGUGACACAGAUCAGUUCUGUACUGUAGCAUCAGCCUGGAAACUGAAUCACUGUUGGAUAUGGAGCACUUUAUUAUCAGCUAGCUCUGGAAGAAUAAUCACCUGAGACAAAUAUGGAGGAGAACGUCGACGUCAAGGCUCUGAGGGCCCGUUUCACCAACAAGGCCAGCACCUCAGACACCAGCAGCAGAGACAGCGGAUCUCCCAAGUCUCCACGACCGGGGUUUGGGAGGGCGAUCCUACCACCAGUGGAGAACGACCAGGUGCAUCACAGACUGUCUCCUGCAGCCCCUCCCUCACUGGCCUAUUCAGGCCUGGUCAAGUCCCCAAGACCGGAUCCAACCACCGCCUCCAACCUCAGACCUCCUGCUUUUCCACGACCGCCUCCAAAUCCUGCAGUGAGGGGGUCCGUCCAGCAGGUGGACGCCACCAAAGUCAGGCAGACCGGAGAGUUACUGCAAAACAUGAUGCUGAGGCACCAGAGACCUGCAGGCCUCAAACCAGGCCCACCCCCAGGUCCUGGUCCAAGUCCAGGUCCAAGUCCAGGUCCAAGUCCGACUCAGGCCCCUACGCUGGCCCCCAUGCCAAUGCCUGGUACACUUCGACAGAACCGCCAGAGGAGUGCUGGGGAUGUGACCCCUCUGAGGAGACCCCUACCUCCUGAAGGACCCCUGCCCCUGAAACCCAAACGGCCCCCGAACGUGAACCUGGAGCCCUUUAGGAGGUUCAUCCAGGGCCCGCCUGCCCGACCCGGCCCCAGGAGGAUCAACGGUUCUCCAGCCUCCACGGGCAGACAGAUGUCUUUACCUACAGUCACCAGUCCUCCUAAACCUCCACAACACUCCUCCAAACCCAGCAGACUGCCUCACCAGAUCGCCUCAGUGGACUUUGAUGAUGACCAGGAGCCUUAUGACGACAUUGCAAACUAUGAAAAGAACGAGUCCUGGAGUGAAAACAGUUCACAGUGUGUCGACGGGGACGAUGAAGACGUGUACGAGUUUAUUGAUGAAGAUCAGACUGAAGUGAAUCCAGUCAACAUUGAGUUAAAUAAAAAAGAAGCCAAAAGGCAACGAGAGCAAGAGAAAAAAGACCACAUGCAGCGUCAAAAAAGAGAAAAUGAACUAAGGAAGAACUUUAAGUUGCAGGGGGAGGUGGAGGUUCUUCAUACCGCCAAAGUGCGACACAACUGGUAUGGAGGAGGGAAACUGGACCUCAAUGUGCGACAAGGCGACAGUGUGGAGAUCAUCCGAGUGAAGAAUAACCCCGGAGGAAAGUGGUUGGGUCGGUCUAUGAGCGGAAACUACGGUUACAUCAGUAACACCUGCGUCGACAUCGACUACGAGGCUGUGAAACGUAAAGUGCUUCAGUCCAGAAAAAUGGACACUUCACCGCUGCCUCCGCCGCCACCGGAUCCUCCUCAGCUGUUAAAUCUGGAGUCGAACAGCAGAGACAGUUUGGUUCCAGAUGACGAUGAUUAUGAUGAUGUUCAACCACUGGAGGAUUUCCCUCCUCCACCCAUUGAAAUCAGCAUAGAUCCCAAAGUUGAAAAGGAGCUAAGAAAAAAAUUUAAGUUCGACGGACCGCUGAAGGUUCUCCACACCGUGAUGGUGGAUCCGAACAGCCUCAUAAAGAAACCAGGAGGGAAGGAUUUACCCGUGGUUCAGGGAGAAAUCCUGGACGUCAUCCAGAUCACCAACAGCAAGAAAGCUCUGUGUCGCAACCGCUUUGGAAAAUAUGGCUACGUGAACAGAUCUCUUCUUCUUCCAAUGGAAGGAGACAUUUAUGACGACGUUGACUACGUAGGAGAAGAUGUGUAUGACAAUGACUCUCCACACGCUGAUUAUUAACAAACUAAACACAAGAGAAAGAAACAAAUCAAACUCACAACUAUGAAGCUGUAUAUUUAACAAAACAUGGGAAACAGAGAUUAUAGAUUCACAUGUUGUGGAAAAGUUUAUUGAAUUGCUGUUGUUGCAUUUGGUGUAAAGGAUUUAUAUGUUUACAGAUUUACAUUUAUACAUGUCUGAGAAAAAAGAAAAAAGCACCAGGGUUAUUUUUGUUGGAUUUUUCCAUAUAUAUGUGUACAGUGCAUUAUAGAAAACAGUUGGAUUUAGCUGUUAGACAAAUCAAACUAACAAUAUUAACUGAAAUAUAUCAAACUGAGUGAUAAAUAAGACACAAACCUGUUCUGAAAAUAUUAGAAUUCACCAUUUCUCAAUCUGAUUUGUAUAAAAGUUUAAUACACUAUUGUUGUUUGCUUUGUUGUUUUGUUUUUGGCCUCUGAGAUAAUUUAAUUAAAUAAAAUAUUUUUUUCUGGUU